AUGUUCACUCUUUUCCCUCUCAAGUCUUUUCAUCGGCGCCGCACAUUCAUUCGAAUCUUGGGCCUCGUGUUGGCCUGGAUUCUGUUCCUCGAGGUCCUCCAACUCCGCCAAACCUUUUAUCUCCAGCAAGACGACGUGGACAGCUGGAUUGGGUCUGACCCGUGCGAGGGUCUGGAGGGACUCAGCGAUGUCUUCGUCGUCCUGAAGACCGGGGCAACGGAAGCUUUUGAGAAGGUCCCCGUGCAUCUCAGCACGACCCUGCGCUGUGUUCCGCAUUACGAUAUUUUCUCCGACUACAAAGAGCAGAUUGCCGGCCAUCAGGUCCACGACGCGCUGGACGGCGUGAACCCCGAUAUUGUCGCAUCGCAUCCGGAUUUUGAGUACUACCGCCGUCUUCAACAGCACGGCAAGGACGGGUUUUCGGCCCAAGAAGUAGGCCAGUGGCUCCAGGCCAAAAACACCAACAGCGGGCGGGAUAGCCCGGGGUGGAAACUCGACAAGUGGAAGUUCCUGCCGCUCGCCGAGAAGGCGCUCCAGCUGCGGCCCGAAGCCAAGUGGUACGCCUUCGUCGAGACGGAUACGUACGUACUCUGGCGCAACGUCCUCGAGUGGCUGCUGGAAUUCGAUGAAUCCAAGCCGCAGUACCUGGGCAUGCAGAUGCAGAUCGGCGACGUAGUAUUCGCCUAUGGUGGCGCCGGCUUUUUCAUCUCGAAGCCGGCGUUGACCAAAGUGGUGGAGCAUCGCAGGGCACACCUCAAAAACUACGAUGAAUUUACUGCUGCCCACUGGGCCGGCGACUGUGUCCUCGGCAAAGCCCUCGCGGAUGCAGGCGUGCCCCUGUUCUGGUCCUGGCCCAACCUGGUCAACGAACAGCCGUCAAACAUGGACUUCAACGCGUCCUUUGGGAAUAUGUACAAGAAGUUGUGGUGUCACAACGCUGCGAGUUACCACCACCUCUCGCCCGCAGAUAUUGAUCAUUUCUCCGCCUUUGAGCGGAGAUGGAAUCGAAUGAAUCCCGAUGUUUUGAUGCGUCAUGCCGACGUCUUCCGGCAGUACAUCCUACCACGCAUUGUACCGGAACACGCGGACUGGGACAACCUGUCGGAACAUGACCAUGGAUUCUCGAACUCCCUCGACGAUUGCCGCAGAAUCUGCGAACUCGAGGAUGAUUGUGUACAGUUCUCGCGCUCCGGUCGGACUUGCAAGACGUCAUCCGUCUUGAGACUAGGGCACGAGCGUUCAGAAACGGCUGUCGAGCGAGUAACCUCCGGCUGGCUCAUGGAUCGUGUCUAUGCUUUUGUCGAAGAUAUGGAGUCGACAUGCACCAACGAAGAUUGGGUAUUGCCUUGA